UGGCUGGACAGUCAAUAACCAAGUGCCCUGGGAGAUCAGUCAAGAAGAGAGAGACAGGAGAGAGAGAUAGUGAGAAAGAAACGGAGUGAAAGAGGUAAUAUAGGAGGGACAGGGAAGAGAUAAGGACAUCAAGUUUUUUGCUCCCUGAAGUUCUGUGUUGUGCUCUACGUCAUCGUCUUAUCAUGCCUGACACUAAUUGAGAAGUGAGAAAGGAACAUUUAAAAGUGCAGAUCAAUAAUAGUAUCACUUAUCCAUAUACUCACCGUGACGUCUGCGAAUCAUUUUAACCCCUUGUGAACUGAAAAGUUUCCACGGUUAACACAUGCUGCUGUAAAUAGACAAGGAACACAAAUUGCGAUCUGAGAGAAAUUGACGAAAGUUUUCAAAAAUGAGCCAGAAGUUCCCCAGAGGAUUGGCAAGGGCAGGCAGCGACGGGGUAAUCAAAACAACCUCUGUUACCAAGACAACGCAGCGACAGCACUCGUCAGUCGAGUCUCCGAGGAAAAAUUUGCCGGCCCCCACGAUUAGGAGCCUGACGAGUGCUCUUCAGAACGGUUCUAAUCACUCUGUGACUAACGGUGGAAGCCAUGGCAGGGGGAGUGUGAAGAAAUCCCCUCUCCUCCCGCCAGCCCAUCUGCGAGAGAAAAAGAGCAAUUCUUCUUCCGAUUCGAGUGUAUCCUCUACCAACUCUGCGGGAUCGGUUUAUAGGGCGGUCGAAUCGGCUGCGCAGACUUCUAAUCAGGACGUCCAGUUGAACAGUUCUUACAAAUCCGGUGUUUCUGCUGAACCAAAACGACCCCUCAUGCCACCAACAACGAGAUCCACCCCUUCCCCCAUUACAUCACCCACCUCAACAAUGACAUCAUCCCAAAAUGGCGACGACGGAAGACGACUCGAAACAAAGCCCCUUCCACUACAGCCCGAAGGUUCUCGGUCACCAAGCAACAUAUUCAGGAAUUCAAUCAAAGAGACGGAAGUCUCGGACAAAGAAAACCUGGAAAGCAGGACAAAUUCGGGACAUCCACCUCCUAAUCAGGACACCCAUAUAGUAAGGGGAGAUACUAGAGAGUUGGAAACGGAAAAUGAAGCGUUGAGAAGACGGAUUCAGCAACUCGAGGAGGAAAACGGCAUACUGAGAAAGGUGAGGGACACCCCGCCUCCUUCUGUUACUCCACUACCCUGGAGUUCGGGGUCAAAUACUCCAACUCCGUAUCCCCACCACGGUGAAGACGCUGCCGGGAGAUCACUGAAUGGUUCCCCAGGAAAUCCAGAGACAGACGCCAGCCACAGUCCACCCCCCUUACCACCACGAGAUUCUCCGUGCCAAUCAACUGCUGACGAACAGGGUUCUACCCCUUUGGCUGUGGGCGUGGCGGACCUGAAACUGGCAGCAAGAAUGAAGCUGUCCCGGGCGAUAGAAAGAGCGCAGGCCUCGUCUCCAGAUGCCGUGGAUGCAAAGAAGCUCUCGCAACCGAUUGCAAAAUCAGUGAUGCAGACCCCGCCUCCCGAGAGCCUACGAUCGUCAAUCACCUCCCCGCUCUCCCCACUAUCACCAGCUCCCUCCACACCCUCCCCAACUUCACUGCUGUCAUUUGGACUCUCUUCUCAGGCAAAACGGAAUGCCAUGAAAAGGCCGGCCGGUCGAGGCAGCAUUGCCCGGGAGUCGAAAUCAACAACACCGACGUCUGUUUCGAGUGAGCCUGUAUCGGAACGCAAGAGUGAAUCGCCAGACACCCUCGGCUCAGUGACCGAGGAAGAUAGAGAGAUGGCGACACCACAACGGGAGCUCAAACCGGGACAAUUUGCCGGGAAAAGCAACAAGUCAAUUAUAUCGGCGGCAGCAAAGGUCUUCCAAGGGAGCUCUGCAGAUGAAACUGACACAAGUGGAGCAAGACGUGACGUGGAAACAAAUCGAGAACAAUUUGACAACCCCUCGAGCGAUGCAAUGCCUUCAGAUCCAUCGUCAGACAGAGGAAAAGAGAGUCUUUCUUCAGAGAGCGACGAAGUUUUCACGUCGAGCAUCUCCCGCCAGCCUGAACCCGCAGCGAUAUCAGAGCGGCCCGUGGGAAAACAAAAACCUUGGCAGCGUGAGGUCAAGAGUGAGUCUCAUGUCCUCCAUGGCUCUUCUGCGAGAAGUGGCGCUAAGAAAAGAGGCGUUGUUUCGAAGAGGGUUCCCGUGAAAUCAGAUGUAUCGUGGAUCAAGAAUGCCAAGAGUGGAGCCGGGCGGGACGACUCUGGGAGUCAGUCUCCACAGAGAUGCGAAUCUCCUUCCCAGCCACAGGCAUCUCCUCCUCUUAGACCUUACCGGAGUCACCAGAUCCUCAGUAACGCUUCUUCCAACCCACCUCCUCCUCCUCCUCCUCCUUCCUCGUCCUCGUCCAAACAACCUCUGCCUUCAUCCCAGCUGGCUCGCCCCGGACUUACCCCGUCCUCUUCGAAACCCCUCCACCAUCGCUCGCACAAUCUCAUCAUCGACGAAAGUGGAGGGGCAGCAGGGGACAAGAAGAGGGGGCGAGGGGCAUCCAUUUCGGGGAAGAGCGGCUUCAAACUGAAGCGGGGACGGAAGAAGAGUGAGGAGGAAGGGGGCGGCAUGUCGCGGUCGAUGAGUGACGAAAGUCUUCACGGGACACUGCAGAGAGGAGUCCAAGCUUAUUCCUCACACAGAAUACAAGAGACAAAGACAGAGCGACCUCCGCGACCCCAGCAACCCCUCUCCAGACACAUCUCUGCCGAGGGUCGCACGGCCAGCAGACCUGCCUCUGUCAUGGUGGAUGUUGAGUCGGCUCCGCGAGGAUGGGAGGAUAGAGGGAGAGAAGAGGAGUUCUCAGUGAGCUGCACUGUGCCUAGUGGGCCAACCAAAGAUAAGUCUCCGAAACGAAAGAGGGCAAAUGAUCCAAGUCCACUUACCAAGAAAGGAUCGUUGUUCAGUCGACUGAGAGUGAGACCACGCGACAAGGAUCUACCAACCAUCCCUGCCAGGGUGGCAGAAGAGGAAGAUGGAGGAGACAGUGACAGCAGUAGUGAGGACGAGAAAGGAGCCACCAUUAAGUUCAAGCCAAAACUGAGACCGGUGUCCGUUCGAAAGCCUAGUCAAGUGGAAGAUGAUUUCGACCUGUCGUAUCCUCACCUAUUUGAGCGAGUGUUUGUUGUGACCCUAAAGCCAGACCCGGCAGAUGCCAACAAACUAACAACAGAAGUCACUUAUACAUUUCCCCCUCGCCCUCCUUCUGAAACUGGUCGCGAUGAAACCAUGGAGUCAAUUCCACAAUUCUGUUUCCCUGACAUCGAAAGACUCAAACCUACAACCAAAUUCAAGAGCGAGACGUUUUCCUUUGUUCUGACAAAUAUGGAGGGUAACAGGAAGUUUGGCUACUGCAGAAGACUUCUGCCUGCUGGUAAAGGACCCAGACUACCUGAAGUCACUUGUCUAAUCAGUCCUCUCGGCUGCUUCUCUCUAUAUGAAAAGAUAUUGGACAACAUUGAGGAGAGAAGACAAGUGUCAACAACUGCUGUCUUCACCUUUCUCAAGGCAAUUGUAGCCAACCCUUUCCCCAAACCAGGACGGAGUGUACAAGUCAGAGCCUUUUCGGCCAGAGGAGGUGAAAUGGAGACGGUGACGUUCACACGACCUUUGGACUCACGGCUGGAGCACGUGGAUUUCUCGAUUCUCUUCUCCACUCUGCCUCCUCGCAAGAUCAUCCAACUCUUCUCCUCCAUGCUCAUGGAGAGACGCGUCAUCCUCUGCUCCAGUAAUCUCAGUCUUCUAACUGGCUGUGCCCAUGCUCUUCUGGCACUUCUCUACCCCUUUGAAUGGCAGCAUGUAUUCAUCCCGGUACUACCAGGUGCUCUCAUAGAAUUCUGCUGUUCUCCUCUCCCCUAUCUCAUGGGCAUGCACCCCUCACUCAUCCCUGCCCUCGACGAAAUGGAAACCAUGGAAGAGGCACUUGUUGUAGAUUUGGACAAGAAAAAGUUUGUGAAGAAGAUUGGAGAUGAAACAUCAAUUUUACCCAGCAAACUGUUUCAGUACCUCGAACAUACUCUGGGUUCCCCAGCGGUCACUUCGGAAUACCAGAAACCAUCGGGGAAGAAAAGUAGCACAAGUCGAGCCGACGAGAUCAUCACCAACACCUUCAUGAUUUUCUUUGUCUACUUGUACGGUGACUACAGACAAUACAUGAAGAAGAAAGCAGACGGAAGUAUAGAGUUUGCGAAAAAGGAAUACGAAAAGAAAUUCUCGUCCAAGUCAAUUAGAAGGUUCCUGGAGGCGUUCCACAUGACUCAGAUGUUUGAUAUCUUUGCAGAGCAGCGAGAGAACCCUCUCAAAUCAGAGAUGACCUCGCAGAGUACAUUUGAGCGAAGCACCAUUCAUGUGAUGAAGGACAGGUGCAUGGAGAUAGAAAUGUGAGUAACAUCACGUGUUCUUUUCAACCUGCACUGUGUGUAUGUACACCAUGAGCAAUGUAUAGCACCAUGGAGCAUUCUACACGUAUAGAUGAUGUAACAUGCAUGGUGUCACGUUUUUCUUUUUCAAACAGUUUCAGUUCGAAAUCAAAGAUCAGUCGAUGGAGACUGAGAAAAAGGAUUUAGUUCGUGUGUUGUGGACAAUGUAUAAUUAUUAAUUGUUGAUGUUUUUGUUUUUUGUUGUGGAAUUUCUUGUUUCGCGGGGAGUUGUAAUAGUAAGGUAUUGUGCACUUAUAAUUAUGUAAGAGUAUGAUGAUGUAUCACACUUUUUUCACUGAGGUUUUAUCUAUUGACGCUAUAUGUAGGAAUGGCACAGGUCAAAUCUCACGUAUGAAACACCAACUCGGCGAAAACACCU